GGCGAUAUCAGUCGCCAUUCGGCCACCAAGUGAAGAGGAUCAUUUAUUUACAUACUCGUACAAGUAAUCGGUGCGCAACUUAUUCUCAAACAAAAUGAUGAAAUCGGCCAGUGUUCUAAUACUUUUUCUUUUUGCGUGGAUUAAUCUGUAUGCCUUGACUGCGGCGCGUACGUCCGACAUUUUAAAAGUGCAGCUACCGCAUGGGGGCGUACUGGUCGGGCGCCAUUUGACCUCUCAUAAAGGUCGUCAUAUACGAGCUUUUAUGGGUGUGCCUUUUGCACUGCCACCCGUUGGAGAUUUGCGUUUUAAGCCGCCUGUGCCAUAUGGCGCUUGGUCGGGAGAACGACUGGCUAUACAAGAUUCAGAACUAUGCAUGCAUCGUGAUCCUUUCAGACGACAAUCGGAAAUCGUCGGCAGUGAGGACUGUCUCUACCUAAAUGUGUACGCUCCAGAGGAACCCAAAAUUUCGACACCUCUGCCGGUUAUGGUGCAUAUACAUGGCGGUGGCUUUGUAAGUGGCUCUGGCGUAAGCAGCUUCUAUCCGCCAAAUUAUUUGCUCGAUCAUGAUAUCAUACUCGUUUCGGGCAAUUAUCGUUUGGGUCCACUCGGUUUCCUUAGCACUGAAACUAUAGAUUGUCCUGGUAAUUUCGGACUGAAAGAUCAGGUGGAAGUUUUGCGUUGGGUACAGAAAAAUAUUGCCGCAUUCGGCGGAGAUCCAAAAAGUGUGACAAUUUUCGGUAAUAGCGCAGGUGGUGCUAGCGUAACAUAUCAAUUGUACUCAGACUUAACGAAAGGUCUAUUCCACAGAGCUAUCGUUCAAUCGGGUACCUAUUUCAAUCCAUGGGCACAGCCAGAGCACAAGGGUGUUGCCGCAAAGCGUGCUCGAGAGGCGGCGCAAAUGGUUGGCUGUAAUCCAGCGGAGAAAUGGCAAAAAAUACUGCGCUGUCUACGCACCAAGAAAGCUAGCGAUAUUGUCGCUACGCUUUAUGAAUUUUUUGAAUUCCAAUUCGAUCCUAUGGUGCCAUUUCAACCGGUCGUGGAGCCAACACAUAAGGGCGCCUUCCUCACCGUUUUACCGCGCGAUGGCGUGGUACCACAUGGUUUUUCCUUACCACUCAUGAUUGGCGCCACCUCCGAGGAGGGUUUGCUUAAAACUGCGCCGUUACUCAAUCUGCCUGGCCUCUUGGAAGAAUAUAAGCAACAAUUUCAUACAGUUCUACCAAUCGAACUGCAAUACGAUCAUCAUCGGCCAGAAGUGCGUGAUGAGAUUACGCGAAAGAUUGAAGAGCUCUACUUGAAGGAAGGCCAUAACUAUGGCAAACGCAAUCAUCAAAACCUUACCAACCUCCACUCGGACGGUUGGUUUUUAGCUGGUAUUGAUGAGUAUAUCCGCCAGCGAGUGGAGGCUCAGAGCUCCUUAGAUUUGCCACCUUUCUACGUAUAUCUCUUUGAACAUCGCGGUCCAGCGAGUUUGACGGAAAUUAUAAAUGGUGGAAGCGAAGAUUAUUAUGGUGUCUGCCACGCUGAUGAAUUGCAAUAUCUCUUUCCGCUGGGACUCAAACUAUUCAUAACCGCUUCGCCAACUGCAAAUGACUUACAAUUGCGUGAGGCUAUACUUCAAAUGUGGGUGAAUUUUGCCACAGAAAGCAAUCCUACGCCUGCGCAAUCUGCUCUUCCUCAUUGGGAGCCCGUGACUGGAUAUCCCGUGAAUUAUGCCCAUUUGGGACACAAAAUACCGGAAGAGUUUACUAUACUACAAAUGGAACGUGGUAUCUAUAGGAAUCGCAUGGACUUCUGGCGCCAACUUAAAGCCCAUAUUCCGGCAGAGCAGCGUGAAACAAAAUUGAGAGACGAGCUAUAAGCGAUGGAUAAGCAAGUUUUACUUAAUGCCUUCACGUUUGUUAGGUAUAUCUUUGUAAAAAAUUUUCUGUAGCAAUGCUGAAAACAAU